UGUGCUGUAUGUCUGUUGACGGUAUGUGUGUGUAUAUACAGUAUAUAUAUAUGUAUACAUAUAUAUCAUGGGUUGCGUCUCAGCAGAGAGCCGCCCACAGCCGCCAUGUUCACUAAUGUGACGUUGAGCAGUGGGAGCACGUGCUGUGCAGCUGCAGGCGGCUGCUGCAGCCUGGCAGGUGCGGCUUUGACGUUCUGUAUGGGCAACAUUUGCAUCUGUGUGGAGCCGUUUCCACCUCUGACAGGAAAAUGUUUACGACAAAGUGUGAAGUCAUGUUUUCUUCACAGGAAGUGGAUCACCGCUACCUUUAGUCUAGUCUAGUUUUGCAGCAUAAAGCUAGUCUUCUUGUUUCCCUUGGGCCGUUUUUUUCUCAGUAUGUUUUGAUCACUGUCUAUUUUAUGGUUCACUGUGGAUUUCAUGGUUAGAGUUUAGUGUCUCAAAGGCAGUAGAUGAAGGUUUGUUCACUAGCUGCGUUUUGAGGAAGUGUGUUAUGAUGCAGGCUGCAGCAUGUAGGAAGUCUUAGAACCAGUGGUGUGUAACAGUAAGAUGUGUCCAAACGUAUUUUGUGUGUUUAUGUAUGUAUGUAAAUAUGUAUCAUAUUGUAAAGCAGAAUAUCUGACUAUAAAAUAUUUGCAGUAAAAUAAAUAGACGGGACUGUUGACAUCUAGAAUGAGUUUCGUCCUACGUUUAUAUCUGGAGGUAACUUAAUAUCACACCUGAAACCUGACUUGGCCAUCUUGGUCUUAUUUCACCAAGUUCAUUACAGACAUUGAGAAUUUAUAUAGAUUAGAUGAUCAUUUCAAUUCAGUUUACUAGUAAAGCAACUCACAACAUUUGUCGUCUCAAGGUACUUGAUAGUGUUACAAUGUGUAAUUAUAUAAUGUAUAUGGAAACAAAUCCCACUUAAGCAGCAUAAGGUAGCAGUGGAGAGGAAGAAACCUCCUCUUGAACAGAACCAGGAUCAAAAUGAGACACCAGCUUCCUUGAUGUGUUGAAGUUACAGUGAACACAAAAAUGAACAGGUGAUAGAACUCAGGCAGCAGAGCAAGGUUGGAAGGUCGGCGGAUCAGUAACUGCACGAUGGAACAUUCAGUUCUGGGACUGAGGACACCAGAGCAAACAAAUUCACUUUUUUGCUGCUCUAGCCUCCCACGCAGUGCAAGUUGUUUAAGAUGACAACUUCAUGGAGUGACCGUCUGCAGAACUAUGCCGAGCUUCCAACCAACAUGGACGGCGUGACCAUGAAGAAGUAUCGACGUGAAGCGCACCACAGCUUUCCAAGGGAUUCGUCUCAAAACCACCCUGCAAUGAGAGUGUUUGUCAACCGAAGCUUGGCAAUGGAGAAGAUCAAGUGUUUUGGUUUUGAUAUGGAUUACACUCUGGCAGUGUAUAAAUCUCCCGAGUACGAGUCACUGGGAUUUGAUCUGACAGUGGAGCGCCUGGUGUCCAUUGGAUAUCCAGAAGAGCUGCUCAACUUUGUCUACGACCCCACCUUCCCCACCAGAGGUCUAGUGUUUGACACAAUGUAUGGCAACCUGCUCAAGGUGGAUGCCUAUGGGAACAUUCUGGUGUGUGCACAUGGCUUCAACUUCCUGAGAGGACCUGAUAUCAGAGAGAUGUAUCCCAACAAGUUCAUUCAGCGUGGAGACACAGACCGGUUCUACAUCCUCAACACACUCUUCAACCUUCCUGAAACCUACCUGUUCGCAUGCCUUGUUGAUUUCUUCAGUAACUGUUCCAGAUACUCAAGUUAUGAAACGGGCUUCAAGGACGGGGACCUGUUUAUGUCCUACAAAAGCAUGUUUCAGGACGUCCGUGACGCUGUGGACUGGGUUCAUUUCAAGGGAUCCUUAAAAGAGAAAACAGUUGAAAACCUUGAGAAGUAUGUGGUGAAGGAUCCGAAGCUUCCUCUCCUCCUCAGUCGCAUGAAUGAAGUAGUUAAAGUGUUUCUGGCCACCAACAGUGACUAUAAGUACACAGAGAAAAUUAUGACCUACCUGUUUGACUUUCCUCACGGGCCGAAGCCGGGCUCACCGCACCGGCCCUGGCAGUCCUACUUUGACCUGAUCCUGGUGGAUGCGCGGAAGCCUGUCUUCUUUGGAGAGGGAACAGUGCUGCGGCAGGUCGACACUACCACAGGUCGUCUGAAGAUCGGGACCUAUACUGGACCUCUCCAAUACGGUAUUGUUUAUUCCGGAGGUUCUUCAGACAUUGUGUGUGACUUGCUGGGAGCUAAAGGAAAAGAUAUCAUCUACAUUGGGGACCACAUUUUUGGUGACAUUCUGAAAUCGAAGAAGCGCCAAGGCUGGAGGACAUUUCUGGUGAUUCCUGAACUGGCCCAGGAGCUGCAUGUGUGGACCGAUAAAAGCUCCAUAUUUGAGGAACUCCAGUCUCUGGACUGCUUUUUGGCAGAACUUUACAAGCAUCUGGACAGCAGCAGCAAUGAGAGGCCAGACAUCAGCUCCCUGCAGAGAAGGAUAAAGAAGGUGACCCAUGACAUGGACAUGUGCUAUGGCAUGAUGGGAAGUCUGUUCCGUAGUGGCUCCCGUCAGACUCUCUUCGCCUCCCAAGUGAUGCGCUACGCUGACCUGUACGCGGCCUCCUUCAUCAACCUGCUCUAUUACCCCUUCAGCUACCUGUUCAGAGCUGCACACGUGCUGAUGCCUCACGAGUCGACGGUGGAGCACACUCACAUGAGCCUCAUUGACACAGAGUCUCCGCUAGCUACGAGGAAUCGCCACGAUGUCGACUUCAGGGAGAUGGAGUGCAAGAGGCACCAGCUGACUCGUUCUAUCAGUGAGAUCCAGCCCCCACAUUUCUUCCCCCAGACGCCACAGGAGAUCACGCAUUGCCAUGAUGCGGACGAUGAUGAAGAGGAGGACGAGGAGUAGAUACUCCAUUUCAAGUAAUCACGCAGACUGCCUGACAACCCUGCUCCAGUAACUACACCUGUUCACACAUGAAUUGUCAUCAAGUAAGUGAUUACAGAUUCACGUCUUUUAGCAGUGAGACAUUGAGCGCUACACACAAUUAGAACAAUGUGCUGCCUGCUUUGACCUACUCACUUGUCCUGUAAAGUGUCUCGUGCCUGGUGCUUAUCGCUGCUGCACAGGCCAAGAAGGGAUCAUUAGUGUCUGUCACUUUACUUCCCCCUAAAACAUCAUUUUUGGGCUGUACAUUCUUGUGUUAUCAGUCGACCACUUUCAUAGACUACUGGUAGCAUGCAGCGUUGGUCCAAACAUGUGUUGAGGUAUUUUAGCUCCUCGUCACUUCUCUUAAAACAAAACCCAAUAGAAUAAAAUGAAACAGUUGGAUUUUCUUAGUUGUUUUAAAUUAAAACUGAUGAAUAGUCAGUUAUUCAGGUGUAACUGGCGCAUAUGCGAAUGUCUUGAAUGCACCUAGAACCGUGAUUCAACUGUGAAGACGAUACCACUAAUGCACAUGAAGUCCUGUCAUGGCUCGCACCUCUCAACUGGCCUUACUAAAACCAGCAGGUAACAAUAAAGAGGACAUAUGGAGUCUCGUUUAUGAGCAGGAUUUUCUUUGUAAUCAGCAUACUGUCACAAUCUGGAGUUUAAUCAAAAUAACACCUUUUUUUACAUUAUCAUUGAAAAUGUAACUACUCGUGAUUUGAGCUUAAAAUAUUUAAUAUCAGUAAGGAGAGUGAUCUUAAUGUUGAGUGUCUUAGUUGACUCGUGUGUAUGUGGAUGUGAUGCUCCUCCACAGGUGUGGCCUGUCACUGUAUAAACGUCAUCACAGAUACUGCAAUACUUCAGUGCUGAUGGGUUGUUUUUUAUUGUAUAUAUGUUGCUUUAUAUUGACCCCUGAUGCGUAGACAUUCAGUCAUUAUCUCUAUCUAUAUCUGCACUCGUGAGAAUGGUUUUGGGUUGUUUUUUUCCUGCUGUAUGUAACCUGGUUGUGUUUUAUUUUAGCAUGAGAGCAAUACAAGAUCAAGUUACUGUACUGCUGAUGUCGGAGGUCUUACCAGGUCCAAUAGACUCCACGUCUGCUUUGAUGACAGUCACUACUGUCAGCUACUUUUAAAGCUACUAUACAGUGUAAUAUUAAUCCAACAACAAAGUUCAGUGUAGUCUCUGACCUGUGCAAUAAAUGUUCUGAUGCAAAACUGUA